GUUUCAAAACCCAAGUUUCCUUACAAGUUAACGUUGUUGGUUUUACAUUGUGAGACAUUUAUAUGUGUCUCUGUGAGUCAGCAUUUCAUUUACUCUGUUUCCGAAAUUUUGGAGGUACGAAGAUCUCUCCCCUCCCGCAGAUCUUCUACCUUAGAAGAUGGUCUUCCAACUGAGAAGACAAUGCUCUAUUUAUACAACUUACUGGUGCUUUAGAUUUGAGUUAGUUCCUUUCGCCUCCGUAUUGGUGGUCUAGUUUCUCCAUACAAUUAAAUGUACCCCAAUCACUCGUUCGUGAUUCUUUUAUUAGUGAAACUACCAUCUGGUGUGGGGGUACUUUAUUACCCUGUAGAUUGAGUUGAAGAAAUUACCCUGUAGAUUGAGUUGAAGAAAACUUCUUAUUUGUGGAAAUGUAGAUUCUUGGUUCUGCUGGCUCCUAGGGUGGAAUUUGAACUUAAAACCCUUUGCUUACCAUAUCUCAAUCUUGCUAAUCAAGUUGAAGCUUUAAUUCUAAUUCAGUGUAUCUAUUCUCAAUCUAGAUAUAGAGAUUUCCACCAAUAGAAGUCGGCAUUUUUCACUGCAUAUUUGAUAGAUUGAUGAAGGUUGGGCUUCCAUCUGCAAUCAUGAGUCACCAUGGUGUCAUCUCUGUACCACAAAGUGAGACCGAAAGGAGUCACAUCGUCAUACUGUACUUCUCCUUCCCCGAUACAUGAUUUGGGUAGUGAAUCAGAAGGCAGGAGUUUCACAGCCAGUAAAUGUUCAUCUCCACGAGUGUCUCCUUUCAAACGGGCAGAAUCUCUUGGCUCUCCUACUAAUAUGCGAGGAUCUCCUGUUCAACAUUCCAAGAGCCCAUUUUCACGUUCUUCUGUUUUCUGUACCAGUUUGUAUCAGUCUUCUUCAUCGAGCUCUGAAACCUCUCGGCAGCUUGGGAAAUUUCCAUUUCUUCCACAUCCUCCAGCAUACGGCCAGUUCAAUUCUGCUGUUGAUUCAAAAUCACCAUUGCUUUUUAGUGAGGAUAUGAGCAAUCAAUAUGAUGAUGAACAAUCCGAUGAUCUCAUGAAAGACUUUCUUAAUUUGCAUGGAGAUGCCUCUCAUGGAAGCUUCCAUGAUAUUAGUUGUGGAAGUGACACUCUAGCACUUACAGAACAAUUAGAGUUACAAUUUUUGUCAGAUCAACUUGACAUAGCUAUCACGGACAAUGGAGAAAAUCCCGGGCUUGAUGAAAUAUAUGAGAUUCCUCAAGCUUCACCACACACAGCUAUAGGAUUGACAUGUAGUAAGGGUUCUUGCGUGACAGCGCCACUCGUUAAUGCUCUUUCAAGUCACCCCUCUCCUGGGCCAGCUUCUGCACAUAGGCCAAGAAUGCGAUGGACACCUGAGCUCCAUGAGCGUUUUAUAGAGGCUGUUAACAGGCUUGAUGGGGCUGAAAAGGCCACUCCGAAAGGUGUAUUAAAGGCUAUGAAUGUUGAGGGCUUAACCAUUUAUCAUGUGAAAAGUCACUUACAGAAAUACCGGCUUGCCAGGUACAUGCCAGAGAAAAAGGAAGAUAAGAAGGCCUCUAACUCUGAAGAAAAGAAAGCUACUUCAACCAUUAACGAAAGUGAUGGACGUAGAAAAGGGAGCAUUCACAUCACGGAGGCUCUGCGCCUGCAAAUCGAAGUUCAGAAGCAACUGCAUGAGCAGCUUGAGGUUCAAAGGGCCCUUCAACUACGCAUAGAGGAUCACGCAAAAUACUUGCAGAAGAUCUUCGAGAAUCAACAGAAAGCUGGCAGUGCUUUACUUUCUCCGCAAGUUUUGUCAUCUCUCACAACAAAUUCCAUUCAAGUGUCCGAGCAACAGCCUUCUUCAUCAUCCUGUGUAUCACUCCCACAACUGGCUGAGUCUGACUCAUUAUCGCCUCUAUCACUGAAGCAUAAAGCUACUGACUGUAGUGACUCUGAGCUGUCGGCAGGCACCAAAAGGCCCCGUCUUGAAGAGAAACCAGAUGAGGGUGCAGUCGAAAAUCCUCAAUUAUAACUGCUUCCACAACACCAUUCCUCUAGAGUCUCAAGUCCAUUGUUUGUAUCAUGUAUAGGACUUCCGAACUUUUUGUAGCUAAAAUUAGCAAUUGAAUUAAUAUGCUUGAUUUGUAUCUCUUGACAGAAAGUAGUAAUUAGAGGAAGAGCAAAUCAACUUUUUAGUUCAA